CAUCAUCCCUAAUUUCGUCAUUCUCCCAAAUUUUUGCUAUUUUAUAGACCUUCUUGUUGCGAACAUCCUUCAUAAUCUCCUUUUUCCAGUACUUGAGUUCAAAAUUAAGAUCAAAACUUUCCUGUUUAUCACUCUUUUGGUCUAAUAUCUUCUUGGAUUGCUCUUUAGCGCAACUAGCACAACUUUCGCUACUAUCAAGGCUGUGUAGUCAGGUCUCUAGCAAAGCUCUGAAGUCUAUUCACAGCCCUUUUGAGAGUCUUGAGAAAUGCAGAAGGUCUUCAUAGCUCUUUGUCUGUUUUAAUAAAUGCUCGUAGUUUAAGACUGUUUUAGUAAUGUCUUGUAACAACUGAACUUCGUCUGCGGGAACGCUUUGAAGCCUGGUCUCAGACAAUACAGAUUUCUUACAAAAAUGAUCUUUGAUGUAUCUUAAGGUGAAAUUUGGCUUGUAUUGGCAUGGAAAUCAUGAGUGUAUCCUCUCUCCAGUGAAAAUUCAAUCAAGUUGUUUACUUAAGCAAGGAAUCCCGUUCAUGUCUCGGUAUAGCCUUAGUGACAUCAACCUGACAAAUACUCGAACUUCAAGAGUUGCCAGAGUCGCUUUCAUAUUGUCUUUUGGGAUUUCAAAGUCAAUAGUAAAUUCUUCUAUUUUUGUGUUCAUUUUCUGGAUACUUUUCCAUAUCACCUUCAGAAUAUUCUCAUUUUCUUCUUCCUUGGGCUCUUUAUUAGGAGCAAGUUCUGAAUCUUUUUGAGAAUUUUUGAGAGACUGAUCAGAUCUAGAGCUUGCUUCGUGUUCUAAGUUGUAUUUCACUGGAGCAUGUUCAUUAAAAUAGCAACAAUACUUGAUAAGCAUCCUAUGGAUCUUUAGAAGUUCUGUUGUUUCCUUUAAAACCGUUAAUUUUAGAACUUCUGAUUCAGGAAAGAUACAAUUUGUUUCAGAGCUGCUGCGGAGCAGGUCAAAAGCAUUUGCCAAGGUAGCCUGAGAAGACUUGGUCAAAACAUCAUACUUGUCUGAACCUUUAGUAUUCCUUUUACGUUUUCUAUACUUUUUUAUAGAUUCUUUAUCAAACUGUACUUUCUCAAAACUCUCUACCAUUUGUUUUCUAAUCCCUUCGACCUCCAUUAUCUUCUUCUCAAUAAUCUUUUUCUCUUUCUCUGAAAGACAGAUUCCUUCACUCAGUCUCUUCCCAAGGUCAACCAACUGGUCAUACUUAAACUCGCCUUUAAUCAAUUUUUCUAAUUCAGCUUGAUUCUUCUUAAAUUCUUCGAAUCUCUCUUGAAUCAUUUCAGAGUCUUCUCCUAGUUCAAGAUGAGACUCCGCUCACUCUUGCUGUAUUUCUUCUAGCUCCUUUACGUCCUUAAGUUUAUCUUUUUCCUUGACUCUGCCUUCAGCCAGGUUAGUUCAUUUAUCAGCGAGGGCCAGCUGAGCUUUGAAAGCUGAACAGGUUUUGGUCGUGAAUAGCCAGUGCGAAGUAGGGAAUUGGUCGAGGGAUUUUGAUAGUUUUGUGUAGGCGUAAUGGGUCGGAGAGGUGUCCUUUGGGUGAUCGAUGUAGGGAGAUAAAUAAGAGACCAGAAAUAUAUUAUUUUCUAGAAUUCUCUAUCUCAGACUCUUUUAUCUUUCUAGCUUAUAAGAGAAUGAAGUAGAAAUAUAAUCCCAAAGUUGUCUAUUACUAGAAGAGUGUAUAGUAGAUUCCUGGUAUAAAUUCCCCUUAAACUUCAAGAACUUGAUUUCUACACCUGGCUGAUAGGGAAGCUUGAGAGCUGACUCGAUGCAAGCUGUAAUCUCACUUAGCUUGAUCAAUAAUUUGACCUUAUUUGGCUUCAGAUGUUCGAUUGUCUUGUUAUAUAUAAGAGGAUUACGAAUUUGGUUUGUUUAUCUUCAUCUGAACAAUAUAGGGAAGUUUAAAUCCAGCCAUGAAACAUCUCUAUAAAUCCCUCAUCUUAUUCAUUAAAGCUUUGAAGGACUUAAACCAAGUCUUGACCUGGUCAAAGUCUGAUUUGACGAUCGAAGCUAGGCUGAUAGGAUCAGACAUGCCUAAGUUUGUAGAUCAAUCUUUGUAUAAUUUAACUAGAUUUUCUAUAUUUCCGCUAAAAGACUGCACUUAUCCGGAUUCUGAAGGCUAUUUUCAGGAGCUUGCAAGUUUUUCUUUGCACGUUUUUUAGAUCUUCUUGAGCCAUUUGCUCGGGAAAUACCGGUGUCUUUCUGAGCGCUUUGAGGUAUCUCUGGUACAUUUUUCGAUUGACCAGUGUAAACAUCUGUUGAUAUCUCUAAAAUAUCAUUAAUAUCAUCUUCUUGUCAAGUUAAAUCGAUCGCGUUAUCACAGGCCUUCAUUCUGAAUAGAUGUUCUUUCAUUUUAUUCUUCAUGAAUCCUGGAAUCCAUAGAACUGUUGUGUUUUUGUAGAAAGUAUUAAACUUGAUGACCCCUAAGUUCUUCUUAGAAUAUUCAACUAGGUUUUCCUUGUAACAUUUGACUGCACUCGCCCAAUUGUAUAAUAAGCAACCGAUCUCCUCUGUGAUCUCUAUUUUCGGUGCAUUCUCUUCGAACAUAUUUGCUGUGAUAGGAUUCUUUACCAGUUUAGUCAGAUUAGUUGUCUUGAUAGGCUUAGUCAACUUUGCAAAACUUCCCAAUGCCUGGAUUGUGGACAUAACUAGAGAUUCAGGUUUCUUCUUUUUGGUGGGUAAAAUCUUUUCGAACAUACUAUCAUCCUUUAUUUCUAGCGGUAUUUGCUUAAACUUGCCGUCCAAAAACAUGACUAAUCUUCUGGGAUCUUCCAUGAGGUACUUCUUAUAACCAUGUAGACUUAUAGUAAGGACCUUCUGGGCUUCACUAUUCUCCCUGGUGCCUACUAUUCCUUCCAUAUUGUCAGUGUAUUUGUU